CUCAAGCCAAGUCCAAGCACUUGAGUUCUCUUUCCUUCCUCAACUUAAUCUUAAGCUUCAAUUUCAGUACGUAUCUGGCAUCCAUGGCUUCAGUCGAGGAAUUUAGAAACGCUCAACGUGCCAAGGGUCCGGCCACCAUCCUAGCCAUUGGCACAGCUACCCCCGACCACUGUGUCUACCAGUCUGAUUAUGCUGAUUACUAUUUCAGGGUCACUAAGAGCGAGCACAUGACUGAGUUGAAGAAGAAGUUCAAUCGCAUAUGUGACAAAUCAAUGAUCAAGAAGCGUUACAUUCAUUUGACUGAAGAAAUGCUUGAGGAGCACCCAAACAUUGGUGCUUAUAUGGCUCCAUCUCUUAACAUACGACAAGAGAUUAUCACUGCUGAGGUACCUAAGCUUGGUAAGGAAGCAGCAUUGAAAGCUCUUAAAGAGUGGGGCCAACCAAAGUCCAAGAUCACCCAUCUUGUAUUUUGUACAACCUCAGGUGUAGAAAUGCCCGGUGCGGAUUACAAACUCGCUAAUCUCUUAGGCCUUGAAACAUCAGUUAGAAGGGUCAUGUUGUACCAUCAAGGGUGCUAUGCAGGUGGAACUGUCCUUCGAACUGCUAAGGAUCUUGCAGAAAAUAAUGCAGGAGCACGAGUUCUUGUGGUGUGCUCUGAGAUCACUGUUGUUACAUUUCGUGGGCCUUCUGAGGAUGCUUUGGACUCUUUAGUAGGUCAAGCCCUUUUUGGUGAUGGGUCUGCAGCUGUGAUUGUUGGAUCAGAUCCAGAUGUCUCGAUUGAACGACCCCUCUUUCAACUUGUUUCAGCAGCCCAAACGUUUAUUCCUAAUUCAGCAGGUGCUAUUGCGGGUAACUUACGUGAGGUGGGACUCACCUUUCACUUGUGGCCUAAUGUGCCUACUUUGAUUUCCGAGAACAUAGAGAAAUGCUUGAGUCAGGCUUUUGACCCACUUGGUAUCAGCGAUUGGAACUCGUUAUUUUGGAUCGCUCACCCGGGUGGCCCUGCAAUUCUUGAUGCAGUUGAAGCAAAACUCAAUUUAGAGAAAAAGAAACUUGAAGCAACAAGGCACGUGUUAAGUGAGUAUGGUAACAUGUCUAGUGCAUGUGUGUUGUUUAUUUUGGAUGAGAUGAGGAAGAAAUCCCUAAAAGGGGAAAAGGUCACCACAGGUGAAGGAUUAGAUUGGGGAGUACUAUUUGGUUUUGGGCCCGGCUUGACCAUCGAAACUGUUGUGCUGCAUAGCAUUCCUACGAUUACAAAUUAAGUGAAGUAAAGGAGAAUGGUCCUUUUAACGUUGUUUUGUAUCAAAUAGGAGUUAAUAAAGGUAUUUAUCUCCAAAAUUGAUAAUACUCUUAUAGUAUUUCAUCACAUUGGUAAAUUUGGAUUAUAAUUGAGUCAUUGUUAGAAUUUCAUUGUGAGCUCAAAUUAAAAAGAUGAGUUUCAAGUUCUCAUUGUUUCAUUAUCUUGAAGAUUCCCCCAAAAUUAUAAUGUUGUGUUCAUAUUAA